AUGGACCAACCAAGCCCAAACAAACAACCGCCGCCGUAUAUAUUCAUCCGUUAUUCUACAUUCAUAAACGUCGGGGGGGCGCGAGAGCGUCGAUCGUCGCCCGGAGCGAUGAGCAUGGCCAUCGUUGUUGCCGCCCUCCAUCAACAAGGAGACGCAUCUUUUUUCAUCUUCGACGAAUUCAACUCACGAUGAGUGCAAGUCGAGGCUAACUAACUUUUCUUUUUUAAUCGUCAAGUAGUAACCGUUUGAAUAUAGUUUCAAGUCCUAGCAGUUAGAUUAUUAGAUUAUUAGAUUGUAGAGUAUUGCAAAGUAUUUGACCCUUUGAAUAUCCGUAACGUCGAGAUUAGAAAUGUAUUGACAGUUCGUUUGAAGAUUAUACGAACAAUUUGAGACAUAUGAAAUUAUUGAUUCGUUUUACAUAAUAUCAUAUAAAAUUUGAAGAAGAAGAAUUUAUUGUUAAUUUGCUAUAUAUGCUUUGCAUUUUUGAGAAUUUUACUUAACAUUCAAAAGAUUAAUAGAUGCAAUAAAUAGAACGUUUAAUGGGUUUAUACAUUAUUAAGUUAGAUUAUUAAAAUUUUAAUUUAAGAAUUUAAUAAUAUCGUGGGAGUAUCGCUGGAAAGAAAGCAUAUCUUACAUUUUAGCAAUCAAGUGACACAAAGUUUAGAAAAUCGAUAAAAAUCUACCUUUUACAAGAGAAAAAAAUAUCGAUCACUAGAAUAGUAUAUAAAAUAUCCUUUAAAACGACGAGAAAUAUCUAUUUAUUUGCAACUACCUAUAAUUUUCACGGAUAAAUAAUACUUCAGAGAUGAGUAAAAAAUCCUUAAGAAACUUUCAUGGAUAACUAAUAUCCUAAUAAAGGACCCUCAAGGACUUAGAAACCUGAAGAAAGAAAAACAAAAUUACGAGUCCUUUCCGGCCAAGCAGCCGUUCUCAAAACACUAUGCAACGUCGAGGGGACGCGGAUUGCACGACGACCUCCACUCGGAGCGACGAAGAAAAGGCGCUGUGCAUCGCGUUUCACGUGGACCCUGCGGCGAUGUGCCGCAAUGCAUGCUGGUAUACCGCGGAGAGAAAGAAGAAGAAGAAGAAGAAGAAGAAGAAGAAGAAGAAGAAGAAGAAGAAGAGGACGAGGACGAAGACGAAGACGGAGACGAAAACGGAGCCAAAGGAGGUGGAAAAAGGUGGAGAAAGAGGUGGAAAGAGAAACCAGUCUCCUUGGCCUUACCUUCGUCCCCAUCGACGUCGCCAGGAACUCUCUGGCUCACAGGCUGA